CUAAGAUUAGUCAUUCCUCAAAAAAAUGUCUAGCUACGAAAAUAUCAGCCUUCGCCAAAGAAGUUUUAUACUUUCCCAAGCAAUUUUCAACAUCCUCCUAGCAGUUUUUGUAACUUCAACAGUAUGGCUUAUGGCGUUUAAUGGAAACUGGAACCGAUUGCACAUUUGGCACGUGUUCCUCAGCACAUUUGGGAUAUCCGCUUUGAUGGCAAUAGCAAUUUCCACCUUAAAUCCUGGCAACGUUUUUGUUCUUGGCUUUUCUAGAAAAUCCAGAGGAUUGAUGCAUGGGAUUCUAAUGCUAGUUGCUGGACUGAUGCUUAUAGCAGGAGUUUCCAUUAAAAUUCAAGACAAGACAGAUAACAAUAGAGCCCAUUUUAAUUCAACUCAUGGGAUUUUGGGUUUGGUUACCUAUUUGCUAACAUUUUUAACAGUAAUUGGAGGUCUUUUUGUUGCAUUUGCAAAGGCCUUGCCAAAGUUGCAGCUAGUGAAAAGUUGCCACAUUUUUUUGGGCAUAGCUACUUAUUGUUUGGGGAUAGCGACUUUGUGUUUCGGCCUCAGGAACUAUUUCGGGUCGUUUCAGUCAUCGCACGCCACUAAUACAGGAUUUAUUGUUAUUUUAGUGGCAUAUUCUGCCAUUAAUUUAGUUGGGCCUGCAUUAAAUUUGUUUAGGAUUAAAUAAAGGGAAAUACAUUUUUUUUUAAAAGUA